AUGGCUACCCCCAGUGUCCUUACUUUUGAUGCUGAGGGCCGUGCCGUUGACUUUGAGGUAUGGGUCGAUGACCUCCAGCUGUUCCUCCAGUGCGAUAGGGCAGACGGUCUCUCUGUGUUCGCCGAGCCGCCCGACAGCCGAGUCGCCCAACAGCCGAGCCGCCGAGCCGCCGAGCCGCCCAGCAGCAGAGCCGCCGAGCCGCCCUGCCGUCGAGCCGCUACUGUUCCUACCAGCGCGCCCCAGCCCUACUUACUCGGACUGUGCGAUAGGGCAGACGGACUCUCUCUGUUCGAUCUCACCUCUGGUGCCUCUCCUGCCCCGCCUGCUACUGCUGACAGCACUGUUCGCUCACAGUGGGUGACACGCGAUGCUGCUGCCCGUCUUGCUGUGCGUCGCCACUUACCGACCACUGAGCGUGCACACUUUAGGCAGUACAAGAGUGCUCAGACCUUGUACGACGCUGUAGUUGCACGCUACUCUUCCCCUGCCACUGCUGCACUGAGCCGCCUCAUGCUACCGUACCUCUUCCCUGACCUUGCUGCCUUUCCCACAGUCGCUGACCUCAUUAUGCACCUCCGCACUAGUGACACUCGCUACCGCGCUGCGCUUCCUGCUGAGUUCUGCGCCAAGAACCCCCCCCCCCCCCCCCCCCCCCCCCCCCCCCCCAUGUACAUCACCCUUUACUACAUAGUCACCCGGCUCCCUGACUCUCUCCGCGUAGUCAGGGACCACUUCCUCUCAGUUUGCCCCACCACUCUCACCGUUGACCUCCUCGAGAAGGGCCUCCUAGCAGCAGAGAAGAGCAUAGUCGCUGUAGGAGCCUCUCGUGGUGACCCUCGCACCCCCGUCUUUGAGGGGUGUUCCCCCUCCCCCCUCUUGACCUCUGUUGCUUCUGCUGCUGCGGCCGACCUCGUUGGUUUCGAGUCGGUCGGCGCUGCGUCUGCCCCUAGCGGGAGACGCCGCACCGGCAAGGGCAAGGGGGGCAAGGGCGCUGGAGGGGCUGGCGGGGGCGGUGGAGGUGGUGGUGGAGGCAGUGGAGGGGGUGGGGGUGGUGGUGGGAGUGGUGGCGGGGGUGGCGGCGGGAGCGGCAGCAGUGGAGGCAGUGGAGGCGGCGGUGGUGGCGGAGGGAGCGGAGGCGGCGGAGUUGGCGGAGGAGGCGGAGGUGGAGGAGGCGGCGGAGGCGGCGGCGGCGGCGGUGGUGGAGCGGGUCGCGACUCUGCGCAGAGGAGUGGGUCAGGUGGUGGUCCGCGCCAGCAGCAGCGGAGUGGUGUGACUCUGUCCCCUCAGCAGCUUCGUGAGUGGUACGCUGCGCGUCAGCGCGGUGGGGGUACUGGUCCCUGCACUUACGUCCUCCGUACCGGCGACCGAGCUGGUGAGCAGUGCGGGGGCCCGCACUCCACCCAGCGCUGCUUCGGUCGCCUGACGGACGCGUGGCGCCGCCAGUUCCCUGAGGCGUCAGAGAUCCCUCGCUGGGGAGAUCUGUCUAGGGCGGGGGCUGCCAUCUUUGAUCUUGACUAUGAUGCUAUCCUUGCUGCCAUGUAUUCUGUGACUACUAGUGUUGAGGGUGACUGUUACCUGUAUGUACCGCCUGACCCGGGCAUUGAGGCCACUGCUCUAGAUGCUGGUGAGGCUGCUGGUCUAGGUGCUACUGAGUCUACUACCCCGAGUGCUAGUGCAUCUGCUGCCCCAGGUGCUGGUGAGUCUGCUCUCUCACGUACUGCGUCGGCUCAGGCCUUACACCCCUUCACCCUUGACUCGGGUGCGUCCCGCUCCUUCUUUCGAGACCGCACCACUCUUACGCCGCUCAGUCGGCCGGUUGCAGUCUCCCUGGCGGACCCCUCUAGGGGUCCUGUGUGUCCCAGGUAG